CUUUUCUUUUUAUCUUCAUAUGCUUGUUGCUACACGAUGAAUGCAAUCGUGUCUCUUGUACACUUUUGCGAAGUUGAUGGUCCAAGUGUAAUUUUUUGUACACAGGCCUUUCAUGCUAAUUCUGUUGAAGACAUCUCAGAUGAGCUUUCUGUAAGUAGUGGAGGAAAAUCCCCUUCAACAGGCCAAACACAUUCGGAUAGUUCCAAAGAAUUAUUAUCGAAUAAAAAAGAAUAUUCUGUAAACACUAAUAGACCUGCACCAGCAUCUUGUGCAUCUUGUGCAUUUUCUUUGCCUCCCUUGGAUUCACUAAGUGAUGCGAAAACAAUUCAUAAUUCUGAAAUAAAAGGUUUCAAAACUCGAGACGAAGAAAAUCCAUUGGUAACUUAUAAGGGUACUCGAUAUCCGCAAGAUCAGCAAUUAUACGCUGCUGUAAGACAGGCUUGUGUGAGAAGUCUGAGCUGCGAAUUCUGUCAAGGAAGAGAAGGGCCGGUUUUAUUUGGAGACGAUAAAAAUGGUUAUGUCUUGAGCUAUAUGUUCAAAAUUAAAGAUAGCCAGGCAAGAGGUUCUCAGAGAUGGUACAGCUUCACAUUUUUGAUGACAGAUAGAGUAUAUCUUGUCGAAUCAUGGCCGUUUUUAGUAAGUAAGUUCCGUGCGUUAGCAACUAGCAUUCAAUCAAGAGCAAAUCAAAUUUUUGAAAAAGAAAAUGCAACAAAAGAGGAGAAGAAUGAUGGAACAUUUUUAACACGUUCUGGUCCACUUUCCCCUACAUCUCCGGAUCAAUUUCUUCGGCGCAGAGCAAAUCAGCCAUUAAGAUCACUGGUUGAUUUAUUAAGAUCAAAGGACUUUUUUGUUCAAUUACAUGCAAAUUUCAGUUGGAUUUUAAAAGCUUGUGGCAUGCGUUUACAAGAAAAGCACUUGAAUGAUCAGACACUGUUUUCAAAUUCUGUCGUUUUUUCAUCAAAAACGAUAAUGCUACUUGAUCCCGUGGCAACUUAUAAGUUCCCUCCUUCCGACUUCAAUUGUUUGGAAGAGACUAGAAUUGAGGAUUUGAAAGCUUUAUAUAAUAUUUUGGGUUUAGAUGUUUUUAGAAAACUAAUUCUAAAUUUUGUCAUGGGUAAUCAAUUAGUCAUCAAAGGAAAUGAUCCAAAAAUUGUACAAUCCGUUAUUUCUAUAUUGAAGGAUCUAGUUCCAAGUGAAUGUUGUUCAAUAAUGGAAAAUGAAAAUAAUUAUCAGACAAUAUCAAAAUGUAAUAUUCUCGGGCUAAAUGCAACGGCACAAAUACCGAAUGAUGUUAACAAAUCAACCCUAUGUUUAUUAUAUAUUUCACGAGACUGUAAUAAAUCAUCUAAAGAUAAGGCUAUGACGAAUGCAUUUGAGUUUAAUUUACAAUAUGGCAUUGAUGAUAAAGACAAUAAACGGAUAUACUCUGCACCUAAUUCAUUUAUUAAUCAGUUGAUAGGAAUUUUGAAAUUAAAUUUACCAAGUGAAAUAAUGAAUACGAGAAUAAUGAUUUUUAAAGAACAAUGGUCAAGCAAAGCAAAGCAAUUCCUUAUAUUUAUCACAAAAAGUAAUAAUGAAGGAGGAAAUGCUUUAGCAAACAUGGAAUCGACUAAACAAAAGGAAUUUAUUAAAUAUAUUGAUAUCAAUGAGAACGAUUUACCAAUCAUAAAAUUUUGGAUAGGUUGUUUGAAGACCGCUUAAAAUAUUUAAUGGAUCUAUGUAUUUUUAUUUUUUAUUAUUAUUUUUUCAUUUUGUGUUGAUUAAUUGUAUUAGUAGUAUUAGUAGUAUUAGUAGUAUUAUUAGUAUUAGUAGUAUUAUAGUAUUAGAAAUU